CUGCUGCGCAGACUCCAAGAUGGCGGCGCGCAAGGGUUCUGGUCGCACGUGUAGAGCCAAGGCCAAGACCCCGAGCAGCCCGCCGCGCGUCUACCUCCCGGGCCGGGGCCCGCCGCUCCAAGAAGACGAGGAGCUGGUGCGGGACCAGGAGGCCUACGUACUGUACCACCGCGCGCAGACCGGCUCGCCAUGCCUCAGCUUCGACGUUGUCCGAGACCAGUUGGGGGACUCCCGCAGCGACUUCCCGCUGUGCAUGUACCUGUGUGCGGGGACCCAGGCCCCCAGCGCUCAGAGCAACAGGCUGAUGGUGAUGCGGAUGCACAAUCUCCAUGGGACGCAGAAGAGCGAGGCGGAGGAGGACAGCGAGAGCGAAAGCGAGGAAGAGGAAGAAGAAGAAGAGAAGAAGCCCCAGCUGGAGCUGGCCAUGGUCCCCCACUAUGGAGCCAUUAACCGUGUCCGGGUUGCAUGGCUCGGGGAGACCCCUGUGGCAGGGGUGUGGUCUGAGAAAGGCCAGGUGGAGGUGUUUUCCCUUCGCAGGCCCCUGGAGGCGGUGGAUGACCCCCAGGUCCUGGCUGCAUUCUUGAGAGAUGAGCAGGCCCAGACCCGGCCCCUGUUUGCCUUUGCUGGCCACAUGGCUGAGGGCUUUGCCCUGGAUUGGUCCUCCCGGGUGCCUGGUCGCCUGCUGACUGGUGACUGUCAAAAAAACAUUCACCUCUGGACACCCACCGAUGGGGGCUCCUGGCAUGUGGACCAGCGGCCAUUUGCCGCUCAUUCCCGCUCUGUGGAGGAUCUGCAGUGGUCGCCAACUGAGGACACGGUGUUUGCAUCAUGCUCAGCUGACGCCUCCAUCCGAAUAUGGGAUAUCCGGGCAGCGCCAAGCCGAGCCUGCAUGCUCACAGCCCCCUCAGCCCAUGACGCGGAUGUCAACGUCAUCAGCUGGAGUCGUCGGGAGACAUCCUUCCUGCUCAGUGGAGGUGAUGACGGUGCCCUCAAAGUCUGGGAUCUCAGGCAGUUCACGAGCGGCUCCCCAGUGGCCACCUUCAAGCAGCAUGUGGCCCCUGUGACCUCCGUGGAGUGGCACCCCCAGGAUGGCGGGGUCUUCGCGGCAGCAGGGGCAGAUGACCAGCUGACCCAGUGGGAUCUGGCAGUGGAGCGGGACACAGAGAUGGGUGGCCCAGAGGAGGGGGAUCCCCUGGUGGCCGAGCUCCCCCAGCAGCUGCUGUUUGUGCACCAAGGAGAGACCGAUAUCAAGGAGCUGCACUGGCACCCUCAGUGUCCAGGCGUCCUCAUCAGCACGGCCCUGUCUGGCUUCACAGUCUUCCGCACCAUCAGUGUCUAAGCCCUGCACCUGGCAAGGUGGCCUGAAGGGAGCCUGGAUCUGGCCUGCUUAGCCGGUGGAGGGGCCUGUGCUCUUCCCCAAAAGACCUGCUUCAGUCUCUUUCCCUAAGCGGUGGGGAGGGGGCUUGGUUGUACAUUUGCCUUCAGAGAUGAGAGGUGGCUUGGCCUGGCUGCUUCACAAGGGUUUGGAUUGGCCCAGUUGCUUUCAGGAAUGGACUGAUUCCCCCCUAACUCCGGUGCACUUAGAUGGGUCUUGUCUUGCCAAAGACUUGAGAGGAGGGAAGGGAGGAGGGCAGGGUUCACUGGAGAUGGGUAUGUAUGUGAUCAAUAAAGCAGAGAGAAUGAAGGCUCA